CUGACCAUGAGCAUUUGAUGGCACUUUAACGCCCCCUUGCGCUGACACGAGAAUUCAAACAAUAAGGUAGUUUCACUUUCCUCUACAGACUGUGCGACAGUCUCUGAAAGACAACGCCAAAUCACCAAUGAAACAUUUGUAAGAUGGCGGAGCCGGGCAGGACUCUCAGAGUAACCGGCCUACCCACAGGCUUCGAGGAAGACAGGCUCAAAGACAAGCUACUUAUUCACUUUAUGCAAACCAGGAAUGGAGGAGGGGAAAUAGAGUCACUCACUAUUGACAAGGCGACACCCAUCUCUGCCCUCAUCACCUAUGAAGACAGUGCAGUGGCACAAAGAGUUAUUCAACAGGGCCGGCACACUCUGGAAGUGGACGGGAAAAAAUAUAAACUUACUGCAACCGAGCAUUGUGAAAGGCUGCACCCAGACAAGGUCAUCUUAAGGUUGGCAGCAACUAUUGACUACAGACAACUUCCUGGGGGCAUCCGAGCUGUGACAGGCCUUCAAACGAGCCACCCUGAUGUCCAGAUAAGUUUUCCUAAAGACCAGCUGUGUGCAUUAAAUGGCAGCUACUCCAGAGUCCAGGCUGCCUUGGCACAAUUACUUGAACAUUAUGGAAGCUCACAGUCAGCAGAAAACAAGGACUCUGUUAAAUCUGCCACCCCUCCCUAUAGGUCAGUUCAGACCACACAUUAUACUCAGGAGUCAGUAUAUCAGAGCAAGAAACAUCACAAGCAAAUGGAAAAAAGGGAAAAGGUCCGUUUGGACCCACAAUUUGAUGAGUGGGACUCAGGCAUAGACAGAGACAGAGCAUCUACUGGUUAUGGCAGAGAGGACACUGCUCAGACACUCAACCCAGUCCUCCAGGUGUCUGAGCAGCCUACAACACCGGAGGAGGACCUCUCACUAAUCGUAGAUGCAGACAUGUUCCAGUAUCUACAGAAACACUGCCAGAAAGAAUACCAGCAUAUCCUUAAAAAGUUUGGUGUUGAGGUGGUGGAUAUGACAAAUCAGGGGUUGACUACGCUGUUUCUCCAGGUUGCUAGCGCAGGGGGGGAGGGUGGUCCGGAGCUUCUGAAAGCGGCACGAAAGGCAAUGAGCACGUUUUUCCAGAAGAAUGAAUCCAAGAUCUGUCGAAGCCAGCUCCUUAAGAGCAUCCUUUCCUCCAGAGGAGGAUUGCGUAAAGCAUUGGAAAACCUAAGUGUCAAAUUUCCCAAACUUCUUCUGAAAGAAGAUGAAACAAACAUUUACAUUAUUGGGGGCAGCAGUGACGUAUCUGAAGCCAGACGAUGGCUUCUCAUGGACUUCGACAAACUAAGGGGUGCGAAAGAUGAUGUCGCCAGCCUUUUUGGAUUUCCUUCAUAUGAUUCAAAUUCAUUAAAUCCUGCUGGUGGGGAGAGAGCCCCCUUCACCAUGUCCACCCCUGAAGAUGCUCUGGAUGACAGGAUAAAUGAUAUUCUGAGGUCAGAGGAGGAUGAGAAGCGAAGUGAAGCAGCUAAAAAGUAUAAACUAGCAGCGCGGUUCAAGGAUUCAGGACUAGCUGCAUUAGGCAAUCGACCAACUGACUACCCUUUCAGAGGGCCCUCACCUUCUAGUAGACAAGGCUCUGGGCUAAUGUCAAAGUAUGACGUACUGUCAGGAGCCACUGGACAUUCUGGGGAAAGAGCCUCCCCAGUUUUAGCCCUAAACACCAACAAGGACAUCUUGUUUAGAAGUGGCAAUUAUGUACCUUCAACCGUUUCUUUGCCGAUGAAAAGUGGCCUGAACUCAAAUUUCAUAGAACCUCAAUCCAAGAGUCCAACAUCCCCUCUCAGCACCACGCAGUCCAAUUUAGGUCCUGCAUUACUGCCUGCAGGGUCCGGACCCUCUGUGAGGCGAGCCAAUAGUUUCUCAGGAACCCCUCAGCAGAAGGCCCAACUGAUGGACCAGAAGAGUAAAGAUGACUCCAGUAAGUCCGCUGUCAGGCCCAAGGCCAGCUUCGGUACCAACAUAGAGACGGGCGUCCACCAUGUAGAGAUCAGAGCUCCAUGGAAAUUGUGGAAGCACAUAAAAGAAGCCUACAGCUUUCAGCUGGAUGACCUGACCUCUGAUGUCCAGAUGAAGGAGAGUCACCCUGAGAGCGGAGACCUGACUGUCACCUUACGAGGGGCCAGCGCACCCACAGUACGCUCGUGUCAACUCGCUUUACAGGAACUGAUUGAGUCAGUCAGUGAAGACUUCACCGAGAACGUGCUGCCAUUAUCAGAACUGGGUGUCACGAGUUCAGCAGAUGAAACUUUACAGGCUUGCUGUGCUGAAGUGCGCAGCCGCUUCAAGAAGGUUACUAUUCUAAUGACGAAGAAAGAUUUGCUUCUCCUCGGCCCAGAACUGUUGUGCUCUCAGGUAGCCGCUACUCUCCUGGAAGUGUUUUCUGGCGAUUUGUCCCAAAUAUCCGAGCAACAGACCCUCAGUAGUUUCAGCAGUAGUUCAUUUUCUCAAAUAAAUAAGGAUCAGUUGACUGAUCUACACUAUAACAGCAAAGCAAGAGCAGCCGCUCAAACGGGCGGUGGUCAGAAGUGGAGAACAAACCACACAAGUGACUUUAAUGAGACAGAUCUGAAUGGAUCUGUUAACGAAUCAUCGGCGAGGAAGCACGCCGUCAUCAAGGAGAAAGUGAAAUUGACAAGUGCAGUUGAGCGUGACGAGCAGAAGACUGAUACAGUUGUCAACUACUUGACAGCAGGAUGUGAUAAAAGUGAAGUGAAACACGCAAAUGGUGUUGAUUCGACAACAGGCCGCACUGAAGACGUGGCUCCUCAGAAUAAAGGACGAAACGCUCAUUCUGCUCCAAGCGAGAGCACAGAACAAGGACACCUAGAUAUCCCAAAGGAAUCCAGGUCAAGUCGGGAACACCUGGACCGCGUCUGUGUGUGCGGCCGGAAAGAGUCGUCGCUCGUAAGGACCGAGUGUGGGGUCACGCUGUGCUCCGAGUGCCUGGACACCGUUCAUGCCCGAUGCAGAGUCUGUCACAAGGCGGACCUGACACCUCAGGGCGUCUGGGGCAGAAUGAGCAGCUCCAGACUGCAGAUGAGCAUACCAGGUCACAAGAAGGACUUGGUCAUCAAGAUCACAUACAACAUUCCUGAUGGUGUUCAGGCGGAGGGUCACCCGAGUCCUGGAAAACCCUUCAAAGGAGGGGUCUUUGAGGCCUACCUUCCUGACUGUGAGAGUGCACGGAGGCUGCUGCCCAGGCUACAGGAAGCCUUCAGGCAGGGACUCACCUUCACAGUGGCCGGCAAAGGGACAGACGCCAGGGUCACCUGGGACGGCAUCCCACACAAAACCCAAGUCUUCGGAGGCAAAUCAGGGUGUGGUUACCCAGAUACGACCUACCUGUCGCGCUUGUCACACAUCUUGGCCUCCAAUGGGAUUCAGUGAAAAUCAGCCAGAUCUCCGGAAUAAAAGAAUGAAACGGGAGAGUCGAGAUUAGUUGUUGUGGAGUUCAGUUUCUUUAUCUUUCUUGUAAUUAGACGUUUGCACUGUAUGUGUGUGCUGAUAAAAUAUUUUUGAUGUAUAAAACCAUUGAGAUUUUUUUUCUAACAGUUGGAGCCAUGACUGAAUAGAUAAUGUAAGUAAUAUUUUUUUAUUCUACAUGAGUCUGAACAUCUUUAUUUAGUAAUAAUGUAUUUUAUAGCAUAAUACUGUAUAGAUAAAACAUCAAAUCGUAGAUUCUAGGAUAUUGUAUCAUAGGAAAAUAUGUUAAUAUUUUAAAACAAUCUGUUGGUUUUUAUAAUGGGCACAGAAAUAAAAAAAAAUCACACCUUCUG